UGUAAACAAAAUCAAUUUGUAAGCUUAGUUAAUCAAAGUUCUUGCACUUCUCAUGUCAUGAAGAAUCUUAGGAUUCUUUUGAGUGAGUAGAGAGACCAAGACAACCCUCCACGAAAUGCGGUCAAUUCCUCUGGGAACCUCUGUAUCUCCAACUCCUAUAAACACCUCAAAAAUCUCACCUUUUAAUAUUAAUUUUAAGAAGUCAACCACUUUCCCAUAUUGGGUUUCACCUCCCUCUCAUGAAUUCUCUUUCCUUUCUCUCUCCCAAUCAGGAUUAUGCAGAGCCAGUCAAGUUGUUGAUUUGUUCCCAACUGUGUCUCCUGAAAUUAUUGUGAGAGAGGCAAGGAUAGAGGACUGUUGGGAAGUGGCAGAGACUCAUUGCAGUUCCUUCUUCCCUGAAUAUUCCUUCCCAUUAGAUUUUGUGCUGAGGAUGGACAGAUUGGUGGCUAUGUUAGCUGGAUUCUCUGUACCAAAUGGUUGCAAAAGAACCUGUUUGGUUGCUGUUAUUGGCAGCACACUUUGUGAAACUUUCUUAUUUGGAAGUGAAGAUUUCAAGAUUGGUGGUUUUGAUGGGAAAUUCAGCCUCAACAAGGGAUAUGUGGCUGGUAUAUUAACAGUUGAUACCGUUGCAGAUUUUCUACCUAGAAAGGGGCCAUUGCGACAGAGAAGGACUGGAAUUGCAUACAUAUCAAAUGUGGCUGUCCGGGAAAAAUAUAGGCGGAAGGGAAUAGCUAAACAAUUGGUAGCUAAGGCAGAAUCACAGGCCAGAAGUUGGGGCUGUCGUGCUAUUGCAUUGCACUGUGAUUUCAGAAAUCCCGUGGCAACAAAAUUAUAUCAAAGCCAAGGUUUCAAAUGUAUCAAGGUUCCAGAAGGAGCUACUUGGCCUCAACCAAAGACCUCACCGGAUAUUAAGUUUAACUUUAUGAUGAAGCUUCUCAACAACUCAGCAGCUUCUAAAUCUAAUUAGGAGGAAAUAUUUACGUUGUAAAACAUAAAUGGAUUUCAAGAAAAAGAAAUGUACCAGGAGGGGACCGUUUGUUACUAAAAUGUGUAUAUAAGUAAACCAAGGAAUUGGAUGAAAAAUCACUUGAGAACCUUUUGUAUAGUUACUGGCAUUCUUUUGUAUCUCAGUGCAAACAGAUAAACAGCUAUGAACAGAAAUGGA